GCAGCCAUCUUGAAUCAGCUCGACCAUAAAAGGAACAAGCUGAGCGGGACUUCCUGAUGGAGGUGGAGCCUGGCGCUGCACGCGCUGCAUGCUGGGAGACGAGAGGUUCGCGGCGACUGUCGGGACUUCCUCACAAGCUCCUGCGGCGCCUCAUGCCUUUUCAGCGGGAGGGGGUGGAGUUCGCCCUGUCCAGGAACGGACGAUGUAUGAUCGCUGAUGAGAUGGGUCUAGGGAAGACGGUGCAGGCCAUCGCGGUGGCAUACACCUACAGGCAGGAGUGGCCCCUCCUGGUGGUGGUGCCCUCCUCCCUCAAGUACCCCUGGAUUGAGGAACUGGAGCGGUGGAUCCCCGAGCUGCAGCCUGGAGACAUCAACUUGGUGGAGAACAAGAGUGACACCAUGAGGAUCGGCAGCAGUCAGGUGACCAUCCUGGGGUACGGCCUUCUCACCACAGACGCACGCCUCCUGGUGGAGGCUCUUAGCAGGCAACAGUUCUCCGUGGUGGUGGUGGACGAGUCGCACUACCUCAAAUCGAGGAACGCGGCGCGGACCAAGAUUCUCGUUCCCCUCGUUCAGAGCGCAAAGAGGGCCCUCCUGCUCACCGGCACCCCAGCUCUGGGUCGACCUGAGGAGCUUUUCAUGCAGAUUGAUGCCCUCUAUCCCAAAAGGUUUGGAACCUGGACAGACUAUGCCAAGAAAUACUGCAACGCCCAUUACAGGUACUUUGGGGCUCGCAGGCAGUGGGAUUGUCGCGGAGCGUCCAACCUGGAGGAGCUGCACCAGAAGCUGAGUCAGAUCAUGACCCGCCGACUCAAAGCCGACGUUCUCAGCCAGCUGCCUCCCAAAGUCCGCCAGCGGAUCCCCUUUGACCUGCCCAGAGAGGCUGCCAAGGAGGCCUCGGCCAGUUUUGCGGAGUGGGAGCGACUGAUGAAAGGACAGAGGUCAGGGGUGUUGGCUACAGAUAACCCCUUCACUGAGGUCAUGAGCCUGGUUACUCAGAUGUACAAGCAAACGGCUAUCGCAAAGGCGGGAGCUGUGAAGGACUACAUUAAGAUGAUGCUGGAGGCAGAGCAGCUGAAGUUCCUGGUCUUCGCCCACCACCUCACCAUGCUGCAGGCCUGCACCGAAGCCGUCAUCGAGGCCAAGGCAGGUUACAUCAGAAUUGAUGGCAGCGUGCCAUCGUCUGAAAGAAUCCAGCUGGUCCAUAAAUUCCAGAGUGACCCAGAAACCCGGGUGGCUAUUCUCAGCAUUCAAGCAGCUGGUCAGGGUUUGACCUUCACCGCUGCCAGCCAUGUGGUGUUUGCCGAGCUUUACUGGAACCCUGGACAGAUCAAGCAGGCUGAAGAUCGUGCCCACCGCAUUGGGCAGACUUCUUCUGUCAACGUCCACUACCUUAUUGCCAAGGGCACCUUUGACACCGUCAUGUGGUCCAUGCUCAACAGGAAGGAAACUGUUACUGGCAGCACCCUGAACGGCAGGAAGGAGUACCUGAAGGCUGACGAGGGCGACAAGGACAAGUGGGAGUUCCUCAACUUUGCUAACGUGUGGACACCAAGUGAGAUGGUGCUACCACUGGAGGCAAACCCAGGAACUGUGGGGGACGACGACAUGUUCUUCACUCAUUUUGAAAAAGAGAAGCAGCACGACAUCCGCUCGUUCUUCUCCCCGAGCGCCAGCAAGGAGAAGACAAAGAGAAGGAGGACGGACGAUGAGGAAACAUCUCCCUCCAUCUGCUCAGAGAUGGCUGCUGAACAAGCUGGCAGUGGAGAGAAGUCGGAAGUAAAGGACAGAGAGACCUCCUGCUCUCAAGAACCUGUGACACCCGAGCAGGACUUCUCACCGCAGCUGAAAAGGCUACGGACACCCAAGUCCAGCCAGAGCUGCAGGUCUCGCCUGGGAGGGAUGCAUAGGUCAACAAAGACAGGGAUUGGCUCGGCCUCUAUCGUGACCUCCCAGAAGUUCCCAGAACCUGAUCCUGAGGUGAUGUGGAACUGCGAGGCCUGCACUUACACCAACAGUGACCUGCUGCCUUUCUGCGAGAUGUGCGAGUGUCCACGCUCUUCUUCCUUGGUCAGAUCAGAGUCAGCCGGGCCGCCACGACGCCUGGAGGUUGAGGCGGACCAGGAGAGCGUCAUCGGCGAGAGACGAGCCCGGCCUCGGAGGUCGUCCAAAGACAAACACAGCGAGGAGGAGAGGGAGGAAGACAAACAGAAAGUAGAAGCAGAGGAGGAAGACACGCUGUGGCUCAAAGACGGCGGCGCUGAAGCGUGUUCGUCUCCGACUCCUGAUGCUAAUGAUGAUGAUGAGGGCAGCGGUGGAGAUGACGCCAGCACCGCCCAGCUCAUCUACCCGGGCCUGCAGUUCUGCGCCAGCCAGUACACGGACCGAGUUUAUUUGUACUCCAAGGUACUGUCGCCUGUCGGAGGAUACCUGGGUAGAGACGAGGUGGCCCAGGCCUCCCUGAGCAAGGCCCGGGAGGAGGGGGGCAGCGUCCGGCUGGUCGCCAAGGAGAAGUUCUUCGCAAAGAGGAAGUCGGCCUCCUCACAGACAUCUGCCGCAGAGAGGUUGGUCAAAGAGGGGGACACCACAGGCGGUGACGUCAUGAUUUCUUAA